CUCGAAGCGAGCACACUGAUCACAAGCGGCUGUCCUGCCCUGAGCGUGGAUCUGCUGUACUCGCUGCGCUAUGGUGUCAGCAGCUCUAUCGGCAGCGAAACACUACAAGGCGGCUCAGCUAGCCCCGGCCAAUCUGCGAAAUAUCGCAAGCAAGUCUGGCCUGCUCAUAGACGGCAUCGAAGUGCCCAGCAAGGAAGAUGCUGAGUAUCUCAGCUGCACUGCUGUAGAGAUAAGAGACAACAUUGUCGACGCGAGCAAGUCAAAAUGGACUGCGCAGAGAGUCAUGUCUGCGUUCAUUCGAGCAGCGAUCAGAUCUCAGGAGCACACAAAUUGCUUGACCGAAGUCAUGUUCAUUGACGCACUCGAGACGGCCAAGAAGCUCGAUGAAGACUUCCAGCAAGAUGGCACAGUCGUCGGCAGGCUUCACGGCGUCCCAAUCUCUCUGAAAGAUCUCAUCCACGUCAAAGGUCUAGAUGCCUCUAUAGGCCGCUCUGCAGCGGUCACAUUGCCGACCGCAGACGCAGGCAGUGCUGCCGAUCAUCUGUCGGAGCACGAUGCGCUGAUCGUCUCUAUCUUUCGCGGCGAAGGCGGCAUACCCUUCUGCAAGACGAAUGUCCCACAAACCAUGCUGAGUUUCGAAGGCAGCAAUCCCGUCUUUGGAGCGACUCGAAACCCUUACAACCCUAUGGCAACGCCAGGAGGCUCAUCUAGCGGUGAGGCUGCUUUGCUCGCCUCCGACGGAUCGCCUCUUGGCGUGGGCACGGACAUCGGCGGAUCUUGCAGAAUCCCCGCAGCCUUCAGUGGCUGCUACGGUCUGAAGCCGGUCAGCGGACGCAUGCCCUCACUCGGUCUCGUUUCGCCCAACGAAGGCUUCGAAUCAAUCAAAACCACUCCUGGGCCGAUGGGCAGAUCUCCUUCUGAUCUCGAGCUAGUCUGUCGAGUCGUGUUCGAUGCCUGUGUCGAGCGAAGGACCUCCCGAGUACUCACCGGUGUCAUGCCCUUGCCUUACCGCGAUGUCACCCUGCCCGAGAAGCUGAAGCUGGGCUACUAUCUCACCGACAACCUGUGCACAACUUCUCCCGCAUGCCAACGAGCCGUACUCGAAGCCGUACGGGCGAUGGAGAAGCGUGGUCACGAGUGUGUUCUUGUCGAUGCGCCAGAUGCAGUGCAGAAUAUCAAGCUGUUCGCGAGCAUCACUUCGGCAGACGGCUACGCGACUCUGCUCGCGAGCAUCGGCACCGAUCCAAAAGAAUCUGCCCUUUAUCUCACCACUUUGGGUCCUAGCGUGCCAGGCCCGCUGCGCUGGCUCGGACUGAGUCUCGCCUCACUCUUCCUAGGCGACUCAAAGUUUCUGUCAAUCGCUGCAGAGUCUCGUCCAAAGACGAUAUCAGAGCUACAGCAGGUGCAAGCGCGGCGACAGCGCUAUGCCAACGCUACCCGCUCGAGGUACUUUGCCAACGAGGCGUCGGGAGGUCUCGAUCUCGAUGCGAUCAUCUGUCCCACUAUGCCUAUACCUGCUCCGACCAUCGGCUCUGCAGGCACUGUUAGUGCAAUCGCCGCUGCGACGAUAGCAUGGAAUAUCGUUGACAGUUCUGUCGGUUGCAUGCCGGUCACCUUUGUUGAUCCCGAGAAAGAUGCUCUACCCAAAGAUUGGUCCGCUCAAUGCCAAGGCUCGAGCUUCCUCGAAUCGCAGAUUUACGGCGUCGAGAAAGCAGGCAAACGUCUGUCGGGCUUAUACGAUGCAAAAGCCAUGGCAGGCCAGCCAGUAGGCAUCCAGAUUGUCGGCGCUCAAUGGGAGGAAGAAAAGGUCAUCGAGAUCAUGAAAGCGGUCGAUGUCGCGCUUGGGUUUCGUGGCUUCGGGCCUGGCGAGUUUCACGUAGCAAUGCAUUCGAGACACUGGCCACCCGGCUUACGCGGCUCGGCCUAAGACAAGGGUAGUCCAGAAGCUAAGCGCAUGUUUGCCGCCUUGCGCAGCUUUGUCGAGUGCCAUUGCGUUUGCGUCCUCCUCCAUCGUAUAUGUGUACGUCACACGUAACGGGAUUCUGAUCUCGCCUGAUGCGUGCUCAUCGAUAGCACAUUCGAGCAGGACGAUCGAUCUAUUGCCGCGCUGC